AUGGAUGCAAGUACUCUCAAGGCCAUGCGAGAGUUCUUCGCCGACUCGCGAAAUGAGUUCGUCGUAUAUCUUGAACAACUGUCUGUCGGUGAUAUCUCAUGUCAGGAUGUCCCUGCAAUCCAGAUUGAGCUUCGUCGUAUAGCCCACACACUCUCUGGGUGGAAGCAGCUCCAAAACGAUUCUAACGAGUCAACUUGCAGUUGCUUUUCGAACCAGUGCUGCAACCUCUCAGAUAUUAUUGUAGAAGUCGCUGAGCUGGUCACUAUCAAUGACGGGCAGCUUCCUUUGACAGUUCUGAAGAUGUUUAAUAUGCUGGCUAUGCAGGUAGGACGACUCACUCUUGACAAUCGUCGUGAAAAGGAUCAGUAUGCGCUAGGGUUCGAUUGCUUGGCCAAGGACGAAGAUCGUAGAUGGCAGCUUCAGUCCCAGGGACCGGAUGACGGUAGAGCUGCACUUCUCUUUGACUUGUGGACUCGCAUGAGUCGCACUUCGGAACGUGGUCCCUAUUGCACGCCCGUGUGUGAAGGCCGGUAA